GACGUGCUUGUUCUUGUGUUGCAGAUUCUACUGGGACCUCUGCAUGCUGUUCCUCCUGGUCGCCAACCUCAUCAUCCUGCCGGUGGCUAUCUCCUUCUUCAACGACGACCUCUCCACACGCUGGAUCGCCUUCAACUGCCUCUCAGACACAAUAUUCCUCAUAGACAUUGUCGUCAAUUUUAGAACGGGUAUCAUGCAACAAGACAACUCCGAGCAAGUGAUUCUCGACCCCAAACUAAUCGCCAAGCAUUACCUUAAAACAUGGUUCUUCCUCGACCUUAUCUCCUCGGUGCCGCUAGACUACAUCUUUCUCAUCUUCAACCAGUACCGCGACAAAGAGGACUUCAGCGAGAGUUUCCAGAUCCUCCAUGCGGGGCGGGCGUUGCGCAUCCUCCGCCUGGCCAAGCUCCUCUCCCUGGUUCGCCUCCUCCGCCUCUCCCGGCUCGUCCGAUACGUGUCGCAGUGGGAGGAGGUCUAUAUCCUAAAGAACCACCGCAAAAAGCACAGUGAGAGACGGAGUCCGCCUGGUGGCUCAGAUGCCCUGAACAGACGUAAAAGGAAGCCGUACAAUGUUUACAAUAUUCCAUUUUUUAAGUUCCUCAACAUGGCGUCCGUCUUCAUGCGCAUCUUCAACCUCAUCUCCAUGAUGCUCCUGAUCGGCCACUGGUCAGGCUGCCUCCAGUUCCUCGUGCCCAUGCUGCAGGGCUUUCCCUCCAACUCUUGGGUGGCAAUCAACGAGCUUCAGAACUCCUACUGGCUAGAGCAGUACUCGUGGGCGUUCUUCAAGGCCAUGUCGCACAUGUUGUGUAUCGGGUACGGGCGCUUCCCGCCUCAGAACCUCACCGACCUGUGGCUCACCAUGAUAUCCAUGAUCUCCGGCGCCACCUGCUACGCCCUUUUCAUCGGCCACGCCACCAACCUGAUCCAGUCGCUGGACUCUUCCCGCCGCCAGUACCGCGAGCGGCUGAAGCAGGUGGAGGAGUACAUGGCUUACCGCAAGCUGCCGCGUGAGCUACGGACGAGGAUCACGGAGUACUUCGAGCACCGUUACCAGGGCAAGUUCUUCGACGAAGAAAUGAUCCUGGGAGAGCUCUCAGAAAAGCUCCGCGAGGACGUGAUAAACUUCAACUGCAGGGCCUUAGUUGCUUCCGUGCCAUUUUUUGCAAAUGCUGAUGCACGCUUUGUGACCGACGUGGUUACCAAGCUGCGAUACGAGGUGUACCAACCAGGUGACAUCAUCAUCAAGGAGGGCACCAUUGGGAACAAGAUGUAUUUCAUCCAGGAGGGCAUUGUUGAUAUUGUUAUGUCCAACGGCGAUGUGGCGACCUCCCUCAGUGAUGGCUCCUACUUUGGUGAGAUUUGCCUUUUGACCAACGCAAGACGGACGGCCUCUGUGCGGGCGGAGACCUACUGCAAUCUGUUCAGCCUGAGUGUAGAGCACUUCAACACAGUCCUCGACUCCUACCCACUCAUGCGGCGGACCAUGGAGAGCGUCGCGGCGGAGAGGUUAAACAAGAUUGGAAAGAAUCCAUCCAUAGUUAGCAACAGAGAAGAUCUAACCAAUGACUGCAAGACUGUCAACGCAAUCGUGAACGCCUUGGCAUCUGUGGCGUCGACGGAGCAGUGUGACGGAGGGACCAGCUCAGAGGAGUCCAUGAUGCACGACGGCUCCAGCACCAAGGGUCGACACCACCACCACAACCUGCUCGACCUUGGGUCCAUCGGGAAAGCAUUGGCCAAAGGUCACUUACCAAGGCCAAAGAGUGAGAAUAACUUCGCCCUCUCUUUAGACAGCCCUUCCCCUCUAAACCGUAACCGCCCUUCCUUUCACAAGUCCGAUACUUUCCAUAAAGACACUUCGUUCCAAUAGCAGGCGGCCCCCGCCCAUGCACUUAUGCUCGUGGGCGCUACAGCUGAUCUUUUUUGUACUAUCAUGAAACACGGGGAGAGACCAAGUGACCUGCACCAACAAGUAACAAAAACAAACUCAAACUUCCAAGCACAUAGUGAACAAUCUUUGUGAUUUGUAAUGAUAGUGAUUAUUAUUGUAGGUAAACAAGAAUUGUUAGUGUGUUUAUUAGGUGCUCAAUCCAUGAGAACCUCUGCUGGUGAGUAGUGCGUUGACAACCCCCCUUCCCGGUGCAUAGCGAGGACACGCGUACACGCUAACAAGUAACCAAUCACGACAAGCUUCUGCCACACCUGAACUAUCUAACAGUAAGAGGGACACUAUUGUUGUGUUGUUAUUGCUUCAGAGGAUUAUCUGUUACUAUGAGAAGGUGCCAAAGUCCAAGGAGAUCUGGCCUUUUGGGUGGUGGUUGAGUCUAUGUUCCUGACAAACAUCUGCUGAAGGUAGGUAAGCAAUAAUAUUACGUAAUCAAAGCGCAUUCUUGUCGAGUGCAGGACAGGCAUGACAUGGGUACAACAUAUCUACUUGGGGUGAUAAAUGUGUUGCUAUAUGUUGACCUUUUGUAAAGUUUUACAUUAUAUCGAAUUUUUUGAACAGUGUUAGAAAGGCUUUGGAUAUUACGGUCACGACGUGUAUCUGUUGUAAACUGGAGUUUUAUAUCAAGAGAGUGUUAUUAAAAUCUAGUCGUAAGGUCCCUGCAGCCUGCUGUGUGGUGCCCAUGUAUGCUGUUUGGAGUUUGUAUGCACGAUAUAGAGCUCACUAAGCCUAUAUUGAGCUCCUUCAUGCUGUAUAAAGCUCUCAAGCCUUUACUGAGCUCCUUUGCUGUAAAAAGAGCUCACGAGCCUGUCGAGCUCAUCUAUGCUAUAUAGAGCUUAUGUUAGCUGUAUAAAGCUCAUGUAUGCUAUAUAAAGCUCAUAUAUGCAUUAUAUAGCUCAUGUAGGGAGCAUAAGACUUAUGUAUACCGUAUGAAACUCAUACGUAUAUAAAGCUUAUGUAUCCUAUAUUGAGCUCCUGUAUGGUGUAGAGACCUCGUGUAUGCUGUAUUAAGGAUUUGUAUGCUAACUAGAGCUCAGCAUAUGCUACAGAUGAGUACAUGCCUUCAUGCGCGUGGAGGACUAGGGCGGUCAGGAACAGUAGACAGUCGGACGCUGGAGUAAGCUGCUUGCGAGGGGGCGUUGUCGGCCCCGUCUGUGAUUGAUGCAACACUUCAUCUCGCCAUCCCGCCGCCGCCACCACUGAUGCUCCUCCGUGACUCGUACAACGCUCAUACUGUACACUGAAAAGCCUACCAAUAUUCCUAAUCCCUCAAUAUAAUAAUAAUAAUAAUAAUAAUAAUAAUAAUAAUAAUAAUAAUAAUAAUAAUAAUAAAGUUUGAAUAUAGUUUUUAAUGUUACAUAGAGAUAUUUUCAAAAUCCUUUAUGUUUCUUAAUAAUUAUUCUUUGUAUAUCUGAUAAAUGCUGUAAAUAUUAAAAAUUUUCUACUGUAAAUACAAUAAUUGCAUAACACUGAAGUACUCGAGUCAGGGAUUGUUAGAAAAUAUUGGUAAUAACACUUCUUGUGUACUACAGUUGUGCAACAAGUGUUCAGUGGUGCAGGCAACGUCAUCUCCCAUACUUCACACACAUUCUCAGUGAGACAUCUUCAUGGUAUCAUAGUCAUGCCAAUUCAAGAGUUUAUUUUCGCUCGUCAGUGAGGAUAGUAAAAUAUGCAAUAAUUAAUGUCCACAUGUAGAACCAUAAGCUCAACUAGGGGCCCUAGGGAGGUAGUGCUAAUUUUGACAUUGCUAUCUAGCCUAGACCAAAGCUCACUUCUUGCAGCCACACCAGAAAGACUAAUUCAUUAAGUAAAUGAGCACCCCAGUCGUGCUUCAUAAAAGGAACCCAUAGAUAUACAUUAUUGUGAAAGUGCUUCUUGUAGGUUAUAACUUGUUGAGGUCAUGUUUUCUGUGUGAAUGUCCUCUUAGCCAGUAGCCCGUUGGUCACCCACCGCUCCUCCCUCUUUGAGUGCGUCACCCCAAACCAUUGAACCCGUAGCACCAGGAAAAGCAGUGUGAUUCUUUCCCAUUCUCCUUUCGUUUCCUCUCACUUGCCAUUGUAGUGAUCACGUAGUCGAAGUGCCUCAAGUACUGAAGCUGUAGAGUUUAAUCUUCUCAGCAUCCUCUCCACAGCCUCUCAUCAGUCAUGCUAACGCCAAUUUGGGUACGAAUGUCCAUGACAACCAUGCUAGUUUGCAAUGGUCAUGUUAAGUUUCCCGUAGUGCUUCCCUUUCCUAACCCCACUGCAACCACCACGGCCUUCUUUUCCCUCCUUCUCCUCCUCCUCCUCCUCCUCCUCCUCCUCCUCCUCCUCAUUCUUCGUUUCCUCACCCUCCGCCCUACGAGAAUGAUGUGACAGGCAUUCAAGAUCUGAAUAAGUUAGGUAACGUCAAUCACUCUCAAAUUGUUUGUACACCGAAUUUACCCAAUCAGCAGAGAUAACGGUCUGUCGUUUCAAGCGAGGUGAUUCAACAUACAUUGGCAGGAUUUUUUUUUCUUACAUCAUAUAGAGUAAUCUGUCAUCAGAACAAACUACCAGCAAAAGCAGCUAAUUUGAAAAUGAGCAACUCAAUAAAAAAUCCCAUUAACCUAUAUUUUGUUGCGACAGGUGUGAAUUGAGAAUUAUUUUACAUACUCUUCUUCAGCAAGUGCUGUAAUCCGUUCUGCAGGAUACUGGGGCAUCUGACAAAGAGAUUAAAUCGUUAAAGAGGGUAUCCUCGAAAUUAAGCAACAUGCUUUCUGUUGCCUGUUCGUACAAGUUUUUUUUUCUUCCUCCUCCACCCAUCGCGCCAGUAGUUUCAAUUCCUUCACCCAGCCUUCCCCUAUUUUUUGUCAUGGAUAUUCUGCCGCAAAUAAAUAUAUUGCACAUUGUUUUAGGUGAAAAUUAUAAAAUAUCAAAAACUGUAAAUUUGUUAACGCCAUGCUCCACCGCGUUGUUUGAGAAGCAUGCGUAUGCAGUAUAUAUAUUAUAUAUAUUCUUUAUUUGAAUUGUUGAUCAUUUCACACAGUAAGUGUUGGUCAAGGUUAGGGUAUAAUAAGCUAUCCUUCCAUUUUUAUGAUAAUCAUAUAUUUCAACAGGUAUUAUUUUAGCUCCCUACAAGCAGUAAUAAGCUUAUUACAGACAUAAUAGAGUUGCAUAAUGUACAACUGCAUAAGAUAACCAUUAGAGGGUAUUAUAAUAGCAAGGAGAGUUAUGUUAAUUUUCCUGUCAAUAUUUUGUAGAUUCCUUUGGCCACCGUUGUUCUGGGAUGCUCUGUUCUUGACGGCAGGUGAACGCUGCACGUAGGUAAGGUACUUUCUUGCCACCUACGUCUAUUUUGAAUUUCAAGAACACCAGCCAUCCUUAGGCGGGGGUUGGCGCCUCCCCUUCGCCACAAGCUGCCGCCCCCGCCGCCCUCCCCCAAUUUGUGCCCGGCCUUCACGCCCCAGGGCUCCUCACCCCCUACCCCCAUCAUUGUUAUUGUUGAUUUCCUUCCCUCUUACUACAGUGAUGUGCAGUAAGACGAGGUUUCCAGUUCAAACCUAGAUAUUCGUUUCAUUACCCAAGAAAAAUGUUUCAUAUGCAAGAGAAAACUGUUCAAAUUGUGCUACAAUCAUGUAAAUUAACAAAAAUGUCUUAUCAUUAGUUCAUUCCUUUGUCUUGAUAGUGACUAUUCAUCUAAUAGAUCAGAGGGUUUAGCCCGACCAGUGACGGUUUGAUGAACAUUACUUUCGUUUUACACCUAAUACUUAAACAAGGUAAUUUAUGUCUUUUAUAUGAUUAUAAUUUUUUAAUGCUAACUUAUGUGCUAGCAUAUUGCUAGUUUAUGUAAAUAAUUUACAUUAUGCAGAGGUUAUUAGUUAA